UUUAUUUUGUUGUCGUGAAAGCGGUAAUUUGUUUCCAUCGUCAGGAUGAUUCCUGAAGGGUUACCUGAAUUACUGGAAAAGUUCACCGAGAAAGUUAUAUCGGAAAAGCCGAAUAAUUUGGUUGAAUUUGCAGCGAAUUAUUUUCGCAAUCUCCUGCUAGAAUCAAAAAAUCAAUCUGAAGAACCUCGAGUAGGCUAUUUUGGUGCACGUCGGCAUAGCGUGGCAGCUGAAAGUUUCAAUCCAGCCACAGUUGAUUUAGAACCUGUUGUGCAUCCGAAGACUGUAGCGCAAAAACUUCGCCUGAAAUCAGUUGUUGAACCAAUUUUCAUUUUUCGUUCAUUGGACGAGACUCAGCUAAGAAGAGUCAUUGAUGCCAUAAAAGAAACAUCUGUUACUAAAGGUCAAGUAAUUAUAAAUCAAGGUGAAGAUGGUGAUUAUUUUUAUGUCAUUGAAAGUGGGAACUAUGAUAUCGCUAUAAACGGGGAGAUAAUAGGAAGUUAUGCUGGAUCGGGUUCUUUUGGAGAGCUCGCACUUAUGUAUAACACACCUCGUGCAGCUACUAUUGUGGCGAAAACAGAUGGUGUUCUAUGGGCUCUAGAUCGAACGACUUUUCAACAUAUAGUUUUGCGGCAGGCAUUUUUAAAACGUCAACUUUACGAAAACUGGUUGUCUUCAGUUCCGCUUUUGGGAAGUCUAAGUUCUUACGAACGUACUAAUUUGGCUGAUGCACUAGGAAGUCAUACCUAUGAAGAUGGCGCAUUGAUUAUUCAAGAAGGUGAACCAGGAGAAGAAAUGUACUUUAUUGAAGAAGGAUGUGUGGUAAUUUUUACCAAAAAUUCUAAAGGAGAGGAAAUUGUACUCAAAGAGCUGCAGAAGAACGAUUAUUUUGGUGAAUUAGCACUGAUUUUACACGAACCCAGAAAGGCAUCAGCUCGUGCUGUUGGUAGAACUAAACUAGCAGUGCUAGACGUAUCAAGUUUUGAACGACUUAUGGGACCGUGUAUAGAAAUUAUGCAACGUGAAAUGGGACGCUAUCGCAUUCAACUGCUUGAAACUCUGGGAUUAGAUCAUAUACGUAAUAAUCCUUCAUUGGCGAAAUUUGUAGAAUUUGGACAGUAAUUAAAGAAAAAAAAACUUUUUACACCAUAAUCAAUUGUAAAAGCAAGCUGAGAGUGUUGAUUUUUUUAAAUUGAUUUCUUCAUGUAGAUGUUUUACUUGAAUUAUCUCAUAUCCUCAAUGAUUUCUUGAUGAAUUUUUUUUAUAUCUUUGAUUAGUACAAAUGUUUCAUGCUUUCAAGAUCUUCUCUUACAAUAUCUUUAAAGUGAUUUGUUCUCAUUAUUUACUGAUUAUAUUUGAUCACUUAAAUUCAUUUUAAAGUCUGAUUUCAAUCAUCAUCAUCAUCAUCUUCUUGAUUUCAUACAAACUCAAUAAAAUAAUAAUGUUCUUUUGAAAAUAGUUUGAUUAACAACCAUCUUUAUUUGGAUAAUUCAACAACUCACAUUGAUCCAUGCCUCAUGUAAAUAAUUAACUUAACGCUGGUUUUGUGUUUGAAUUUAGAAAAAAGAAACGGUGUGAUGAACGGAGAAAAAGCAAGUGAAGACUGUGAUGAUAAGAAAAAUGCAUCUCCAUAAUCAACAAUGAAAUAAUUGAUCAUUACUAAAAGAAAGUGAAAAUAUUUACAUGCUUAAAUUUAUUUAUUCCUACGAAUUCAUUUCGUUAAUUCACUUAACACUUUUUUUUUGUUGUACAUUGACUUUAUCUGAAAACAUUGAAAAUAAAUCAGAUGAAAAUUAUCAUAUUUAUUUAUUUUCACUUAUAGUUAGUAGUAGUAAUAUUUGUUUAGUGAUAUUAUCAUUGCUGUUACUAGUUUUUUUUUGUCUUCACAUUGUGAUUAUAGAUUUUAACAAAAAUAACACUAUACUAAUAACGUUAGUUUAAUAAUCAAAUAUUGUUUAUUAGUUAGUUAGUAAAGCGUUUAUUUUGACCAAAUGAUACGUCACACUUAUACAGCUACGAUUCUAAAAUACACUUUCUCCUAUAUUUUCUUACAAUAAUUCAUAUUAGUGUGUGUGCACUCUUGAUGAUGACAAUGUUUGCCUCUUUGUUUUUUUUUGUUGACUAUGAAAAACGUUUGUUUUCGAGUGGUUUUUUCUUCAUUCAAUUGUAAAUGUACAGCUAUGAAUGAAUGUUAUGCAGUUCUACAUUUUUCUGAUUGUAAAUUAGUUUUGUACCACUUGUGGUACAUUAAUUUUAGUUAGUUGGCAAAUUAUACUAUGUUAGUUAUGUAUUCUUUUUAUUUGAAUUGUUUGUGUUUGUUUUAAUGAAAUUAUCGAAAUAACUUCCAUCGAUUAUGA